CAGUCUGAGCACCAGUACAAGUUUGAUGUGCAGAUGACCUGUGGCGGCUGCUCUGGCGCUGUCGAGCGGGUCUUGAAGAAGACUGAGGGUAUCUCCUCGUACGACGUGAGCCUCGAGAAGCAGGAGGUUCUCGUCACUGGCACUAUCCCCUACGACGACCUGCUCGAGAAGAUCAAGAAGACGGGCAAGACGGUA